AUUGGCUCCCCUCCAGACUGUUACGUGCCAUACCCUCAAUGACAUGGAGAAUCAGAAGUGAAAAGGAAAAGGCAAAACUUCUGAGAAGUCAGCCUGCUCAAAUUGUGGAACCCAAAGGUCUUCUAUAUGUCCAGCAGAGAGAGUUUGCGGUAACUACCCCUAAAGAUGGUUCUGUUUCCAUUCUCGGAUCAGAUGAUGCAACUACCUGCCACAUAGUUGUGCUCCGACACACAGGCAGUGGAGCUACCUGCUUGACACAUUGCGAUGGAUCAGACACAGAAGCUGAGGUGUCGCUCAUCAUGAGUUCAGUAAAGUCUUUCUCUAACACCACAGGAUACGGAAGGCUGGAAGUGCACCUAGUUGGAGGUUUCAAUGAUGAUAGGCAGUUAUCACAAAAACUUACUAAUCAGCUUCUUAGAGCAUUUGAUCUCCAACCAGAUGAUGUUCAUUUGGUGACUUUCUGCGUAACAGAACUAAAUGACAGAGAAGAAAAGGACAUUCACUUUCCAAUCAUUUAUGGAAUAGCUGUGAAUGUUAAAACAGCAGAGAUCUUCCCUGCAACCUUCCCAGAAAAAGGGCCGGAUGAGGAUUUGCGUUCAGCCCAUGUUUUAACAGGAGCAACACUGACUAACAUUUAUGAUGCAAAGAUGGAACAACUACAUAUUGGGCCUUAUUUCUGGAGGCCUUUCCCACAUGUGGAUUUCUGGUUGGAACAAGAUGAUAAGCAGAUUUUACAGAAUCUUUCCACAUCGCCCCUGGCUGAGCCACCCCACUUUGUUUCUCACAUUAGAUCUACAUUAACAUUUUUAAAAGAACAUCCAUUUCCAUCUCGCUCCCUGUUUCCUGACAGGAAACCUCGCAUCUACAAAAAAAAUGAAGAAGGGUUGUGGGAACAGGUUUGUUCUGAUAAGAUCUAACCUGGAACCGUACACCACAACUACUUUAGGGAAGUAUAGUCUUGCAAGAGCAGCAAUGUGUUGCAGAAAGCAUGUUGCUGGUCACAAGUACCAUUGUUCUGUGCUUUUCAAAAUAAAGUAUUUUGACAGAAG